GCCGUCCGGAAGUUGGGCUCUCUCGGACGUAGGGAUCGCGAGCGAAACGAGCGUACCGCUUCCAUUUUCUCGAGCAUCUCGGUCGGAUAGGAGAGCACGUGUCGCGUGUAACCGAGCCGGUCCCCGCGCCCGCACGACGUCGACUCGCACGUGUGAGAGGAAGGAUUUCACGUAGAGCAACGUACCGGUCGCAGUCACCCUUCGCCAUCACGCGCGUCCGUCCCCUGUCCGUGCGCGGCAGAGGUUAAAAAGCAUGAAUCCCGAGAAGCUCAAGAAGCUCCAGGCCCAAGUGCGAAUCGGCGGCAAGGGUACACCCCGACGCAAGAAGAAGGUUGUACACGCGACUGCCGCCACAGAUGACAAAAAGUUACAGAGUUGUCUAAAGAAACUUUCUGUAAAUACAAUUCCUGGAAUAGAGGAGGUUAAUAUGAUUAAAGAUGAUGGCACAGUCAUCCAUUUCAAUAAUCCAAAAGCCCAGGCUAGUCUGUCUGCUAAUACAUUUGCGAUCACUGGUCACGGAGAAAAUAAACAGAUAACCGAGAUGUUACCAGGAAUCUUGAGCCAGCUUGGCCCUGAAGGUCUGACACAGCUGAAACGAUUAGCGAGUACAGUUGCUGGAAGUGCGGUUGGGAAAACUACGUUGGAAGAGGACGACGAGGUGCCCGACUUAGUGGAGAAUUUUGAUGAAGCUAGCAAAGAGGAGGUAAAGGGAAUUACAGUGGCGCCCAAAAAGGAAGUGGAUGAAAAUGAUAAACCUAAUGGUGAGAAGAAAGAAGCCAUUAUUAUUGAAGAGAAGAAAGAAGCCCCGUUAGCUACGCCUGAAGCUUAAGAAUGAAUACUAAGAUAUUUCAUACAGCAAAGUUGUAACAAAUAAGUAAUUGAGUCAAGAAAAACUUGUGACACUGAAACAAAUGAAGCAUAACUAUACAUACAUUACAAAUACUUGACAUACACCUCAUGAUACUUGCUAAUACAAGUAACAGUUGACAAGAAAUAAAAAAGCUGUUACAAAAAUCAAAAGGAUUUUUCAGAGGUUUUUUUUAUCAUUUUGGUGCUCGACCAGUAAGAUAGUCUUUGCUUCAAUUAGUCAAGAUGUUUUUAUAGCUUCUAGUUAAUAUAUGACGCUUUAACUAUUUAAAAUGUCAACAAAAACUUGGAGCAUUUAACUUGAUUAAGAAUUGUAACAAAAUUAAUAUUAUGCUAUAAAUUUGUUAUUAAUACACAUUGAUGUGGGAGAUACGCAGUAUUUUUUCUUCAAGAAGUCCAGUGAUUUUUAAUUGUAUUAUGUUAAAUUUUUAUUUCAUUUUGAUCAAAUAAAAUGUCAGUAAUAAUAUAAAUUAGUAGCAUAGAAAAUCAUUAAAAUGUAAUACUGGAGUGCGCGGCGCUGCUAUGUAACGCCUAUGCUGAAGCUGCUUUCAGAAGACAACAGUUGUGCAAUGGUUGAGUAAAUCUUUAAUAAGAUUGGCUCUUCGCUGAAUCUAAAUAUAGAAACCAAUCGUAAUAAAGAAUCGCUCCCUGA